AUGAGCUCGAUAUUCAAAAGGUUGUCUGACUCGGAUAGAAAUUCAAAUGCCUCGUUGUACUUUGGGAACCUUGAUCCGCAGUGUCUGGAGAUACUAAUGUACGAGUUGUUUCUCCAAUUUGGCCCGAUCAAGAACAUCAACAUGCCCAAGGACCGAGUACACAAGAGCCACCAAGGGUACGGGUUUGUCGAGUUUAAAAACGCCGAAGAUGCAAAGUACACUGAAGACAUCCUCCGAGGCGUCCGCUUAUUUGGCAAGCUAUUGAAGUUGAAAAAAUUGGACACGAGAACCCCCGUGCAGACGCAGCAGAACCGCUCGAUAGGCACUUUUGUCAACACGAGGCUGGAGCUCCUCAGCGACAAGUACGUCGACGUGGGAGCAAGGAUCUUUAUCAGCAACUUGAACCCGUUGAUAGACGAGCAGUUUCUUCUCCAGACGUUUCUGGGCUUCGGAACGGUGAUCAAGCAACCCGAGAUACGUCGAGACCCCGAGGGCAAGUCGAUGGGGCAUGCGUUUGUCACGUUUCUGGAUUUCGACGCGAGCGACAGGGCGAUUGAGAAAAUGAACAACUCCGUCUUGAUGAACUCAAAAGUCAGUGCCGCCUAUGCGUUCAAGGAACAGGCAGGCACGAAAGGGAAGAGGCUUCGACACGGAGACGAGGCCGAAAGAAUAUUGGCUGAAAGUGCUAAAAGGAACAACGCCACUGCAACGAGGUCGAAAAAGCCCCAUAAAAACCGGAUCCUGAAAAGGUGA